AUGGGUAACAGAAUACAUGGUUUCUUAGCAGGUGUGCUAUUGACAACAUCAGUUGCAUACUAUACAUCACAAGAAUUCAAAAGAAGUCAAGAGUUUGUUUCAAAGACCUUGAGAGAUACAGAAUCCAUCAUACAGAACCAUGGUAAAGAACCUCAACCAGUUCCAAGAAGUGUGGAAUUUCAAUACAGACCAAGCAUAAAACAAACAGUUGCAGAUCUAUGGAAUGAACAAAUAUUAAGCACUGUGAGAUCAAUUUACUCAUUUGAUGUUGAAAGAUUCACUUCUUCAAUUACAAAGUCUGUUCAAGAUGGUGUUAACAAUAUUUCAAAAUAG